UGGCCCUCACGUUCAUUGUUUUUCUCUCUACAUCCAAAUGUGCCGGCAAGGCUGCUCCCCAAAUGAACACACUUUCACCUUCCUCUUCGUUGCUUGUGCUAGCCUUUCAAGUCUUAGAUUGGGUCAAAUGUUGCAUUCGGAUUUCAUCAAGCAUGGGUGUCAGUGUGAUAUUUUUGCAUUAACUGCAUUGGUUGACAUGUAUGCUAAAACGGGCUCAGUUGGUUUGGCACGGAGGCAGUUUGAUGAGAUGAAAGUAAGGGAUGUACCCACAUGGAACUCACUGAUUGCUGGUUAUGUCAAGAGUGGGGAUAUGGAGGAAGCUUUGUAUUUGUUUUCAAAAAUGCCUUCAAGGAAUGUGAUAUCUUGGACUUCAAUAAUAUCUGGUUAUGCCCAAAACGGUCAGUAUGGGGAUGCUCUGGCUAUGUAUAGACAACUGGAAAAGGAGAAUGGUGUGAGGCCAAAUCAAGUGACAAUAGCCAGUGUUCUUCCGGCUUGUGCAAAUCUUGGCGCUUUAGAGGCUGGGCAGAAGAUCGAGGCUUACGCAAGGGAAAAUGGUUUCAUCAAGAAUAUGUUUGUUUGUAACGCCGUACUUGAAUUGUACUCAAAAUGCGGCAAACUUGAGACAGCGAUGAAAGUAUUUGUUGAGAUGGGUCAGAGGAGAAACUUGUGCUCUUGGAAUACUAUGAUCAUGGGUUUAGCCAUCCAUGGAAAAGGCAAUGAAGCACUCAGUCUCUUCAACCAAAUGUUGGAAGAAGGAAUUUCACCGGAUGAUGUUACAUUCGUAGGAGCAAUCAUGGCAUGCACACAUGCUGGAGGCAUGGUUGCAAGAGGAUGGGAUAUCUUCAAGUCCAUGGAACGAAAAUUUCACAUUGCUCCUAAACUGGAGCAUUACGGAUGCAUGGUUGAUCUUUUAGGACGUGCGGGAUAUUUGGAAGAAGCUUAUGAUCUCAUACAGAACAUGCCCAUGAAACCCGAUUCUGUUGUUUGGGGGGCUCUGUUAGGAGGGUGCAGUUUUCACUACAAUGUUGAACUCGCAGAGAAAGCCGCGAAUUUCCUAUCUGAAUUAGAGCCGUGGAAUCCGGGAAACUAUGUCAUUCUUUCAAACAUAUAUGCAAGGGCAGGGAGGUGGGAUGGCGUGGUGCAUCUACGGAAACUGAUGAAAGGGUCCCACAUCCGAAAGGCUGCAGGUUACAGUUUCAUUGAAGGAGGAGGGCGAAUUCACAAGUUUAUAGUUGAGGACAAGUCACACCCAAGUUCUAAUGAGGUAUAUGCACUCCUUGAUGAAAUCAUAGCCAAGUGUAGAUCUUAUGUAAAUGGAAUCUAUAUUGAUUCUGAUUUUGUUAUUGAAUAAGAGCUAGUAGAUCACAUUUUUUGUUUUGUUAUGCUUAGAGAAUGUUAAUCAACCAAAAUCUAUCUCAGCGUCCUGUAUGGAUAUGAGUCAUAUGACUGCGCCUUUAUAUGAGGGCCGUAGUAGCCUUUUGAGCGCCGAAGACUACACUUAUUUCCAACUCUUUGUAAGAAAUUUUAAAGCUUGUU